UUCUGCUCUGCCACUAGCAGGUCCAAGUCGCAGGCCAGCCGGAUCUUCCGACAGUCCACUUCUGCGUCAACGUGUAGCAUCUCCGCCGAAAGCGGAUGCCAUCUUGGCGAUAACAGCCUCUCCGUUCUGUCUAGUGCCACAAAUAGCAGCCAAGAGAGCGAAAAAUUCAACGCAAUGCGAUCUCCCAAGGCCGAUGCGGCCACCGAAUUGACGCCGCUGAUCGGCGGGCCUACUGGCUCGCGCUCCAACUCAAACUCUGGUGCGCCGCUGCUAUCUCCGAGUUAUGCGGCAUCGUCUCCAUCGUCCUCGGCGUUCUCGCCCUUCAGACCUAGUGAGGAACCCGAGGACCAGAAAGAAUCUCCACCACGUUCAGGCAAUCUGUCGGCGUUGCUAUCCGAUCACGAAGAUGACGAGCCCCAGAGCGACGAUGAUGAGGCUACUGAGAGUCAAUACGCCUACUUUGCAUCCCCAGCCAAGGUGCUUGGCUCGGCUUGUGUUAAAGGCGACUAUUUCCAAGCCCAAAGUGCAGUGGAGAUGGCCAUCAGCAAGGCCGUUCAAGCUGCCGAGAGACAGGAGCAGAUGCAGGAGGAGAAAAGAACUGAGAGAGCCAUCGCUGAAGCCUUGAAGCGACGUGUAGCGGAGAGUGUAUUCCGUCUGUUAACGGUGCAUGAAGCUCGACAUCAGAUGAACGCGCUGCACCUCGCAGUACUGUAUGAACACCCGACGGUGGUGGCUUAUCUGGUAUCUGUGGCUAAGAAAUAUCUGCCAAGAGAACAUGAUAUUACGAUGAAGAUGAAGAGACAUAUUCAUUUACGACAAUCAAAUGGACACGGCAGCCCGGAGUGUGCGUCGGAUAAAGAAGAAUUAGAGCUCAUGGAGGAAGAAACGAACAGUAAUGCGAGCACGGAGACACAGGAACGGGAGCACGAGGAGAGUGGGUGUGGCACAUUGCAGGAUUUCCUAGACAGUCGAUGUGGAGACUCCAAACACCGCGCGACAGCUUUGAUGUUGUGUACGUCCGUAGCGUGUGCUACUACGUUGAUUGACGCUGGAGCGUCAUUAGAUGCGAUGAACUCGUCGGGGAUGACGGCGAUGCAUUACGCAGCCAGCACAGGCAACGCUGCGUUCGUGAGUUUGUUGGUGUACCGUGGAGCAGACGUGAACCAGACUGACAGUCGUGGUGCUACUGCAUUGCAUUGGGCUGUGUUUGAAGGGUUCCAGUACACUGCGAUGUUGCUGGUCGGAUACGGGGCGAACCAGAAGAUCUGCGACUCUGAGAAGCAGACGCCUCUUAUGAUCGCUAGUGCUUUAGGAGACGCCUUCCUAGCUAAGCAGCUAGUCGUGGAAGGAGCGCCUGUGAACGCCAAGGACAAGCACGGCAGAACGGCGAUGGAUAUUGCACGACAAGGUGCUCACUUUGACACUGCGAGCGCUUUAAAAGCUGGUGCGUCGGAUCGAUUGGUGGCCUGGGCGUCGCGUAAGGGCGCGUCUGUGCUCUUCUUUUUUGGAAUGGUGUUGACGACUGCAACGCUGUCACUCAUCUUUGCAGUCCCGUGUCUGCCACCCCAGAGUCUGACGCAAACGAUGCAGUACCAGACAGUAGGGCUGGCAUUUCUGACGUUCACGUGUGUCAUGUACGCGUACGUGUGCAUCAAGGACCCGGGAUAUGUGCCUCGCUCCACACGCCCCGCUUACGAAGUCUUGGCAAGGGAAGACAACACUGUACCGUGUCCGACGUGCGUCACACGGAAGCCCCAGCGUUCGAAACAUUGCUCGGCCUGUCGACGCUGCGUGUAUCGCUUCGAUCACCACUGUCCAUGGAUUAACAACUGUGUGGGCAUUGGCAAUCACCGCAGUUUCCUCAUCUUCCUGGUUACACUUUCAGGCUUCUGCUUUGCUAUCGGCUUUAUAUCACUGAGCAUUCUACUCGGUCAUCUGCCGUUGCAUCCACCUGCUUCUAGCGUUGAAGACACUGCACCGUGGCCGUGGCAAUGGCUGCAACCACCUGACUGGGCACGCUCGGAGUCAUCGACGUUGUUGCUGCACGGUAUCCACGGCUUCUUGCUGGUCUGUGCGACGGUCUUCGGCUUGCCAACGGCCACGUUGCUGAUGAUCCAGCUACGCAACGUGAGUCGUAAUUUGACAACCAACGAAGUGUUCAACAAGGACAAAUAUCCGUAUUUGAAGACGCCACUGGACGAGUUCUACAACCCGUUUGACGGCGGCUGCGCUCACAACUUUGCUGAGGUGUGUCGCGGCGAUAUCCCACCCAACGACGAGGACGAAGGCGAGCUCGAAAACAGCAGGAGCUCCGCAUUGCAGGAACACGACGUUAGCUCUGUGAGCGGAAGAUAAAGCUGUGGCAACUGGAGCUUGUGACUCGAUUUUCCCCCAAUUUUGACUCGCCGCGAUCUACAUUGGCCUGGUACGUGACGUGUACUAAGAGAGCAAGCUUGCAAAAGCCUAAUUAAAACAAAGUACUUAGUAAGUAAGAAGUUUCCAAGUUGAGUCGGCUGUCA